GGUAGGGUUACAAAAUCCAUUCUUUAUCAGUUCACCUUCCGCUUCCCUCCCCGCCGUUUCUCCGUCUCCUCGUCAGCCGAAAGCCAUGGCCUCAGAGAAAAAAUUGAACAACCCAAUGAGGGAGAUCAAGGUCCAGAAGCUUGUCCUCAACAUCUCCGUCGGUGAGAGCGGCGAUCGUCUCACCAGAGCUGCCAAGGUGUUGGAGCAGCUCAGUGGCCAAACCCCUGUUUUCUCUAAGGCUAGGUACACUGUGAGGUCCUUUGGUAUCAGGCGUAAUGAGAAAAUUGCGUGCUAUGUCACUGUCAGGGGUGAUAAGGCAAUGCAACUCCUUGAGAGUGGAUUGAAGGUGAAGGAAUAUGAGCUGCUAAGAAGGAAUUUCAGUGAUACCGGGUGCUUUGGUUUUGGUAUUCAGGAGCACAUUGAUCUCGGGAUUAAGUAUGACCCAUCAACUGGUAUUUACGGUAUGGAUUUCUUUGUUGUCUUGGAACGCCCUGGGUACCGUGUUGCUCGUCGACGCAGGUGCAAGUCUCGUGUUGGAAUCCAGCACAGGGUGACUAAGGAGGAUGCGAUGAAGUGGUUCCAGGUCAAAUAUGAAGGUGUGAUCCUCAACAAGGCAUCCAAUAUUUAAUGUUUUGGGGGGUUGAGGAAUGUGAUUGAUGAAUCAGUUGUUUGCAUUUUGGUUUUGUUGUAGACUUGAGAUUAUAUUAUUAAUUACCGAGUUACAAGUUUUGAGUACAAGGCUCUAUGCUAGCUAAUUGGUCAUUUUCUCAUAAGAUGAAUUAUCUAUCUUGUUGGUUUGUAUACUUGGGUUUUGUAUUGAAAUUUUCUACUUUGAGCCA